AUGAUCGGCCUCCCACAGGACAUGAGCGAUCGCCCCACGAUCCUCUGUCUGUCUCUCCGCAGAAACAAAUUCACCAGCAUCGUUAACGUCUACACCCCCACCCUCAAUACCAGAUCAGACGACGUGAACUGCGAAUUCUACGAAGACCUGAAAACUCGCCUUAUGAUUGUGCCGCAAGUGCACACACUUGCUGUGCUUGGUGAAUGCAAUGUUCACAUCGAUAUACAACACGCUACCCGGGGUAAAGUGCUUGGUCGCCAAGGCAUUGGCGACUGCAACAGCAAUGGACUCCUUCUCCUGCAGGUAUGGACAGAACGCGACAGUUCGGCCUUUGUUGCCGACGAUGUCCACCGUGUGGUCCACAACAUGGUGGAGCAGCGACGGUGA